AUUACAAUUUUAGUUUAUUGUAUGAUGACUAAUUGGCAUGUUCCAAUUUGUCUGAAAUUUAAACAAGUCUGUUAUGAUAACUACUGACCUACUUGAAAUGUAUAAUAGAGGCAUAAGCCUUUAUUUUCGGUUGACAUGCAAGCCUGCGCAAACUCAACAUACGUACAAGUCAUGCGCGUUACCAUUCAAUUGAUAUCAAUCUAUAUCAACCGGUCUUCAGCUGUCGGAACGACUGAACUAGAUUUGCUACUCGUAUAAACACAAUAUGACUACAACUACGAACUUAGAAUGUAAUUUUACACUAUCAGUCCGUGAUAUUCCAAAUGAGAUUUUCGAAAAAGUUAUUUCUUAUCUGAAUGUCGAGGACCGCAAAAUAGCCUCACUAGUCUGUCGCCAAUGGUCACUGUUUGCUUUCUCGCGAAAAGCUCUCGCGGACGUACUGUUGGAAAUAAAUUGUGCUCAGCAUAGUGCCAAAGAUUACUGGGUAGUUCUGGAGAAGAGCUCUCGUAAUUAUCGAAAUUUAGUGCUCAAUUUUGCCGACGAUGACGAUGGAUGUUUGUUGGAAAUUUUGGGUAAAUUUCAACAUAGCUUGAAGCGAGUCAGUAUUGAGCAAGAUCAGGAUGCGAGAUUGCUGCACACUGAAAUAUCUUCUGAUUAUUUUGUCCAAAUGAUGGAGAGAUUUAGAAAUCUCAAGAAUUUUGAAGUCAAAACAGUUUUUGAGAUAUUAGACAAUGAAGAGAAACGUCUGCCAACAUUACCAUUUCUGGAAACAAUUUGUUUUUACACUCAUGGAUUAGAGAAGGAAUGGUUUAAUUGGUUUACUAUUGCUCCGAACAUAAAAUGUAUCGGAGUACCACUGGAAGAUGGUAAAAGUGGAUUUCCAAAAAUUAUCAACGAUUGCCGUCAACAAAUUUUACACCUAUCAAUCGAUGCAAGAUUCGUCGAACGCGAUCAACUGGAAUUUUGUAACGAGAAAUUUCCUCGGUUGCAAAAGCUGCGGCUCCUCUACCCUAUCAGUUUACCCGCUUCCAUCGAAACUAUCAGAAAUUUUAUCGGAAACUGUAGUCUUCUAACUGAAAUUAGUCUCUUCAGUAAUGUAAUUCAUUCCGAUACACUUGAAACCAUAGCAAACCAUUGCAGUCAGCUUCAAAUUGUGAACUUUGAUGCCAACGAAAUAUCACCAACGGCCUUUGCCAUAAUAUCCAAACUACCCAAAUUGUGUCAGUUGAUACUACACAAGAUGACAGUCGAUUCGGCAAUGAUCACUGCAGCCGGUUGUUUUUCCAUGCUGCACCAAUUUACCUGCUUGUCGAUACGAAUCAACGUUCCAGAUGCAUUUUUCGAGCAACUUCGAAAGAAAAUGCCAAAAUUAGUCACUCUGGAGCUUCUGGACCGUUUUCGCUUUGGUAUCAAUAAUUUCAACCAAACAGGAGUUGUACAGGCAAUAUGCAACAACAUACAUAGUCUAGAACGAUUGGCACUCGUAGAUUGGGCCAUACUUGAUACGUCAAUCUUCGGCUCACUUCACAAACUUAACCUUAUUACUGAUUUACGUUUAAAGUGCAUUGGACUAAACGCAGAUAAAACAAUUCCUCCAUGCCCCACAUUAAAGCGAUUGAUAUUGGAUAUCGAUUCACUCAAACCAACCGACACUAUUCCUCCUAUUAGUCGUCCACCGAUAGCUGAUGUAAUUUGCAAAAGUUUUCCGAAUAUCACAACCUUAGAACUACGCAAGACAUUUCUCGACAGGACUAAAAUUUCAGAACAGGAAGUUAAAUCUCUGCGUUCGCUAAUGCCCCGAUGUACUGUUUACCGGAAAACUCGGCUAAAAAUGGCUGACAAAGAUUAUACUGCACUUCUUUAAUCGGGGGAGUUCUUCAAGACGUAUCGUUCAAAUUAUGAUUUCAAACAACAUGUGCUUGUGGAAUAUUCUCAACUAAAGUUCAUAAUUAUCUUCAUACCGCUCCUUAAACCCUAGUAACCGUUCUAAGCUGUCUUUAUAAUUUUCCGAUUCCAAACCAUUUUCCCCGAAGCGUGGUAUUCUGGCCAACUUAAUACGACUGACCUCGCGAUGUAGGCUGUCAAGUGUAUCUGCCAACUCACCUGUAGAUUGAAUUUGUGCUAGGAUUGGUGCCGAAGCGACUUCUACAAAGAAAACAUUACUUAAAAUCUAUCAACAGUAAGAUUAAACAGUUACAGGUAUACUUUGCUUAACACCUGGAUCGAAUUCGUUUAGGAAACCAUCGAAACAAAUUCUUGAAUCGAAUAUUUCCACAGGAAACGGUACUUUCAAAUCCAUUGGGGCAUUACAACUUAUUACAUGCGAUAAGCUGGCGUGUAACUGACAAUGAUAAUAAAACUGCAACAUCUCACUAACGGAGUUACAUCGAUACGCGGCCAUUCGUUGCUGUUUUUGUG